UAUAUAAAAUCCCCAUUCCUGUAUAUAUUAUCUCAAGCAAAAACAAUUAGAGCUACCAAAAUAAACUCAAUACGCUCUUCAAAGAAAGAAAACAAAAACUAGCAAUAAUGAAGCAAUCUCUUCUUCUUUCCAUCGUUUUACUAUUACUAUCAUCAUCAUCACUCGUUACACCGAUCCAUGCACGUAACAAGUCACAUCCGGCAAAGUCCCCCGUUGGAGCUCCAGCACCAGGACCAUCAGGCGCUGAUUGUUCUUCGGUGAUAUUAAACAUGAUGGAUUGUCUCACUUACCUUAGCAUCGGAUCAAACGAGACUAUGCCAGAGAAAUCUUGUUGUGAUGGGAUAGAGACUGUUUUGAAAUUUAACCCACAGUGCAUUUGUUCCGGUUUGGUGAGUGCCAACAAUAUGGGAAUCGAAUUGAAUAACACAAGAGCUCUUGCCACUCCUAAGACUUGCAAACUCUCCAUUUCUCCUCCCCACUGCGGUAUGAUGACUCCAAGCGGUACGACACCAGGUGCAUCUCCUGUUUCCCCAUCGGCUGGAACACCCAAGACUUCCCCAUCUGCAGCCAAGUCACCGGCAACUUCGCCAUCUUCGGAUGAGACACCAUCAAAGACUGCACCAUCACCCACUUCUGGCACAAGCAUCAUCUCAGUUCCUGCACUCACCAUCGUUGCCGUAUUAGUUUCUUCUAUUGCUUACAUUUCGGCUUUUCCCAAUUAAUCACAGCUUUUCUUUUAUUAUUUCUUUGUAUUUUCUUCGAUGAAUUGAACAUUGUUAUGGUCGUCAUUUGAAGACAUGAUUCUUUUAAUGUUUUUGGAUAUUCAGGUUAGAUUUCUUCAA